AACUCAAAUGAUUCCUUCUCCCUUCCUUCCUUUCUGCAGAGGAUGAGAUGUUCUCCGAUAUCUACAAGAUCAAAGAUAGUGGCCAACUGGACUCUGCCUGGAAGUGGAGGGGAAGAUGGUGAGCAGGAAGGAAGGUGAAAUAGAUGAUGCUUUAAUUGGUGGAAAUGCAUCUGCUGAAGGUCCAGAAGGUGAAGGGGCAGAGGCCACAGUUAUCACUGGCGUUGACAUUGUAAUGAACCAUCAUCUUCAGGAAACAAGUUUCACUAAAGAGUCUUACAAGAAGUACAUCAAAGACUACAUGAAAGCAAUCAAAGCCAGACUUGAGGAGACAAAACCAGAGAGAGUAAAGCCAUUCAUGACAGGGGCAGCUGAACAAGUCAAACAUAUCCUUGCAAACUUCAAAAAUUACCAGUUUUUUGUAGGUGAGAACAUGAACCCAGAUGGCAUGGUGGCAUUGCUGGAUUUCCGUGAGGAUGGUAUAACCCCAUAUAUGAUUUUCUUUAAGGAUGGAUUAGACAUGGAAAAAUGUUAACAAGAGAUCAGCGCUUCUGGAUCAUCCAUCAUCAUUAUUGGCUGCUGCUCUUUGUUCAUCAACAAAACAUCAUGACUCAGCACUGUCUGAAAACUGGACUGAUGCCGUCUUGAGCUUACUUAAUUUGAUUUAUUUUGACCCUGAAAUAAUUGGAGUGGAGGCAUUGGUUUUUAAAAACUUGUCAUGUAGGCUGUCUAAAAAUAAAAACAACAACACUCAUUUAAAUCCA